AACGUGCGGUUGUUAAAACUGCAGUUAUCCUAUGGACGUCCGUGAGCAAUGUUUUUGCCUCUUAUUAGCCCCACUGUUUCUUGAAACACAUCAGUGGUCGGGAAUUUGGGUCAGUUAAAAGCGAUGCGUUCAUGUUAUCCGCCGAAAACGUUCACAUUUGUCAAAAAAAGAACAUUUUGUGAAGCCGCUUCUAAGAAAUGUUAACAGACUAACUCCCGUCAGCUCCAAUGUUGAUCCUGCAGCCCUUAGUUCCUCCGGGCACCGCCCACCGCCACAACCCUCACUACGCUACCUCAACUGCCUCCCUGUGAUACUAUUGAAGUGACAGUCGACAGCUAGCUGCGGGCUGCUUGACGAGCUUGUUGGUUGGUGAGUGUUACCCAGGCUGCCAUGGCCACCGUAGGAAACCCAGGCGCUAAGGCCACAGACUGUGUGACCAAGGUGGCGCUGAGCAUCUCUUGCAACAACCUGCUUGACAUGGACACUUUCUCAAAGUCCGACCCCAUCUGUGUGGUUUCAUUGAACAGCUCAGGGCCCUACUGGUCUGAGCUUGGGCGCACAGAGAUAAUAAAGAACAGCCUCAACCCCAGCUUCUCCAAGACCUUCAUUAUCGACUAUUACUUUGAGAUGGUGCAGAAGCUGAAGUUCGAUGUGUACGACAUCGACAGUGACGACUGCAGCCUGCAAGAUGCAGACUUCCUGGGACAACUGGAGUGUACUUUGGGACAAAUCGUGUCCUCCCAAAAGCUGACGAGACCACUUGUUAUGAGGGACAAGACCCCAGCGGGAAAAGGAACUAUCACCAUAUGUGCCGAGGAAAGAACCGAUAACAGAGCUGUGGAAUUUGAAAUUGCGGCCAGAAAACUUGACAAAAAGGAUUUUUUUGGGAAGUCUGACCCAUUCCUGGAAUUCUACAAACAAACAGGGUCAGGAUGGCAGCUGGCCCACAGAACAGAGGUGGUGAAGAACAACUUGAAUCCAUCGUGGAAGAAAUUCCGCGUCUCGAUGCAGGCACUCUGUGGCGGCGAUGUGGAAAAAACAAUUAAGGUGGAUUGUUACGACUACAACAACAGCGGAUCGCACGAGAUCAUUGGAUCCUUUCAGGCCACUCUGUGUCAAAUACAACAGGCCUCACAGACAUUUGCGGCGGAGUUCGAAUGCAUCAACAGUCACAAGAAACAGAAGAAAAGAAGUUAUAAAAACUCUGGUGUGAUCAUCAUAAAACAGUGCAAGGUAGUGAAAGAAUACACCUUUUUGGACUACAUAAUGGGUGGCUGCCAGAUUAACUUCACAAUUGCCAUCGACUUCACCGGCUCUAACGGAGACCCCAAGACCCCCCAGUCCCUGCACUACAUCAACCCUAACGGCUUUAAUGAAUACUUGGCAGCCAUCUGGUCUGUGGGCAACGUCAUCCAAGACUACGACAGUGACAAGAUGUUUCCUGUUCUUGGUUUUGGAGCUAAGGUUCCUCCUUCGUGGCAGGUCAGCCAUGAGUUUCCCAUCAACUUUGAUCCAUCAAAUCCAUUUUGUUCAGGUAUAGAAGGUGUAGUACAGGCCUACCAGCAGUGUCUCCCUCAGGUUAAGCUCUACGGCCCCACGAACUUUUCUCCGGUCAUCAACCACGUAGCACACUUUGGAAUACAGGCGCUGCAGCAGCAAACCGCAAAUCAAUACUUUGUCUUGCUGAUCAUCACUGAUGGCGUGAUCACAGACAUGGAUGAGACGCGCAGAGCCAUCGUCAACGCUUCUCGCCUGCCCAUGUCUAUCAUCAUAGUGGGUGUGGGAGGGGCUGACUUCAGUGCCAUGGAAUUUCUGGAUGGAGAUGACGGAAUUUUACGUUCCGCUACAGGGGAAGCCGCCAUGAGGGACAUCGUGCAGUUUGUGCCUUUCAGACAGUUCCAAAAUGCGCCUCAGGAAAUGCUUGCUCAAAGUGUCUUGGCAGAAAUCCCAGGUCAGGUAACGGGUUUCUUCAAUACCAGCAGUUUGAAGCCGCCGAAGAGUAACAGCGACGCGCCUCCUCCUGACAUCGCAGCGUCAGCACCUUCACUGUGAUUCAUCCUGAAGACUGGCUAAUUGUCUCAUCAAAACACACACACAGUAUAGGUUAAUCUAUGAAGAACGUCAUCCGUAUACCUGAGAUGUGUGUGUGCAAGUCCUCUUUCAUUUCUAACCCAUCAUAUUUGCAUGUUAUGGAUGAACUGAUCCUGUUAUUCUGUGUAAUGUUAUACUUAUAUAAAUAAGUCUCUAACAUAUAAGCCAUAGUAGACAGCUGUAGUACAAAGAAAAACUUAAACUUUUAAUUUUUAUUAUAUCAUGUGCAACAUUUAAUGUGAUGUUAAAGUGUAACUAAAGUGCCAGAUAUAUUAUUUUAUAUUCCUUUUUUUUUAAGUGUCUUUUACUUGGUCACUUGGAUUACAAAUCCAGUAUGUAAUAUGCAAGUAGACCGACGGUCUAUUGAAGUUAGUCUCUAGAUAAACAGAGGCAGCUGAAAGCCAACUGGCAUUUUUACCCAGAAAACACUUGACCAGUGGUUUUCACCCCGAAUGAAUCAUCAGUCGAGUCAGUUGAGAUCAGUGGCCUUGGUCAGAGUUCUGGCUUUACUAAACUUCAGGGAAGCUUACAGUACAUAUGACAGAUGAACGUACAGCUUCAUUUUAUAUAUCUCAAGCAACAAAUGUUGCUUCUGCUGCUCCUUUGUAAGACCUUCACCCUGGCUUUACUCACGUUUGGUUUAACUAGUACUUCAAUGUUGAGUUGAUGAACUGUAAACCCUGUUUACACUCAUUAACACUAAAGGUGCACUCUGUCCAUCUUAAAUAGGUGGAAAGCUUUUCUUAAGUCAACACCUACUGUUAAAAGUACCCUCAAUAUUCUGUCUAGGACGUCCUUAAACAAGUACGUUGAAUAUGUGCUAAUUUUCCUAACAUACGUGUUGUCUGUCAAUGAUCUUAACAGUAUUUCUUUUUGUAAAUAUGAUGCAUUUUUAGUAGAAUAUUACAUUUUAAAUUGCUCUCUGUCACUUUGGCACAUUUCUGUUUAAUGUCACUUUGUAAAACGUUCUUAUGUUCAGGUAUAUUCUUAAUGCCAUAACAAUAAAAAGUGCAUUUUCCUACUUUA